GGGUAAUUUUUUUAUUCAUUUAAAAAUUAUGGAGCAAACAGCAUAUAUAUACACCAUAGUAUUAUUAAUAGUCCAACUUGUUGAGUGUGCUGAUCAGCCCAAUCAACCACCAAUUCAACCAAUUUAUUAUCUCAUUCCAACAAAUGAAUCACAACAAUCGCAAAAUCAGCUACAAAAUAUACAAGUACAACCAGUAGUGUACUAUGUUGCGGGUCCUGAACCUACACCACAGGCCAUAAAUUAUUAUGGACCAUUACCCACUCAACCUGCGCCAGUACAGUACUAUGUUCCAGGACCUCAGGCUCCACAGCCUGUACAAGUACAGUACGAUGGAAUUCUACAACAGCAAAUGCAAAUAGAUCCUGUAAUACAACAAUUACAGUAUAUACAAGUGCCUCAACCAGCCCCUGCUAUUUUACCACAACAAAUGCAACAAACUUUUGGACCUCCCCAACCUAUUCCAAUACGGCAAUAUGAUCCUUAUCAACAGUAUUUACAAGUGCAAGAACCUAUAAAUUACGGAGCUCAACCGGUCCAACAAUCUCAACCACAACAAAUAGAGUAUAUACAAGGGCCUCAUCCAACCCCUGUUGCACUACCACAACAACAAGUACAUUAUGGAUCAGUUGUACCAGCUCAGCCGACACAGCAACCGUAUGGACCAUUCCAACCUCAGCAUCAACCACAAAUGCCAUCCGGAUAUCAAUUACCUCCACAAAAUCAGCCAAUACCAAUACCUCCACAAAAUCAGCCAAUACCAAUACCUCCACAAUCACAGCCUAUAUCAAUGCAGCAAUUUGUACAAGGACCUCGACCAAUACAUCCACAACCUACGCCGAUACAGACACAACCAAUAGUACAUCCUCGACCAAUACAUCCACAACCUACGCCGAUACAGACACAACCAAUAGUACAUCCUCGACCAAUACAUCCACAACCUACGCCGAUACCAGUGCAACCGAUGCAACAGAAACCCCCUACUCAAUUUAGGCCACCUCAGCCCAAAAUACCAGUUCCAAGCGGACCACAACAAGAAAACCUAUAUCUAAGGGGACCUCAACUACCUUUUCCAGAACUUAGAGAGCCAUUUAGACCAGAAAUCAAUAAAGGACCUGGUUUAUUAGGUCCUGCGCCAGGACCACUCAGACAUCCUAUAUAUGUAACACAAGGAAUCACAAGUAGAGAACAGCCUAUCAAAAUACCACAUACGAAACAUCAAACUGAGCGUCCAACUAAAUCUCAACCAACUAAACCUGAACCUAGUAAACCAACUAAACCCAGUGAGCCAACUGAGCCCAGCGGCACAGAUAAGGAGUUACAACCGGAGCGCAUCCCAGUUGAAGUUGGAUCUGAUGAUGAGACUGAAGAAGGAGCAGCUGGAGGUGGAGAUGAUGAUGAUGAGGGAGAUGAAAAGGUGAAACCAUCUGAACCAGUAAAAAAAUGUGAAAAGAUAACAUUUAUGAAAAGGGACAAUAGCGGCAAAUUGGUUGAAAUGACAGAUGAUGAGUAUUUUAUAAAAUGGAUUGUUGCAACGAAAAUCAAAUACGUAUUCAAAGCAAAACUCGAAGCUGUGUUAUGUGACGAGGAGGUUAUUUUUAAUCAAGCACCUGAAAAAGAAUAUUGUAAAUCGAUGGUUUAUAAUAUACCUUAUUGUGCAUUUAUCUUCGGUCGUUCAGAUGGAUAUGUAUUGGUCAAAUAUCAUAAAGGAAGCUGGAAAUUAAAAGCACGAGGUAUCCCAGAUUACGUUGAACUCUACACAGUAGAUGAAGGUGGUAAUGAUGUUAAACUAGGUGAUGAAGCUUAUUAUUUGAAAUUUACUCCAUCCGCCUCUUUCAAAUUUAGUCUUAUACCCAGUGUUAGGUUAACCAAAGUAGUGGUUAAAGGUGAAACAGUUUGGGAGAAAAGCUGUUCCGACGGUUUCCCUAUUUCCGUUUCUGUUACAGAUAGAAUGAAUGUUUUGAUGUUUUUCAAUCAAUACAUUAGAAUAUACGGACCAAGGCGUGGUAAAUAUAGGUAUUUAUUCACUAGACCAAAUUUAGAAUCAACUAAACAUUAGUAAAUUAACACUUUAAUAUACUAAAUUCAGUAUACUAUAUU